AUGGAUUUCACAAAGGCGGGUGUGGCCAGGAAAUUACAACUAGAGGAGUUCGAGUGCUUGAGGAUGGAGGCAUAUAAAAAUGCCCGGAUAUACAAGGAGAAGACUAAAGCCUUUCACGAUCACCACAUCCGAAGGAAGGAUUUUCAAGAAGGUGAUGAGCUCCGUUCUAGAUGGGAAGGACCUUUCAAGGUGAAAGAGAUAAAGCCCUAUGGAGUGGUAGAAUUGUUUGACCCUCAAAGUGACACAACUUUCAAAGUAAAUGGACAUAGAGUGAAGAAGUACUAUGGCUACAAGUCACCAAGAGAAGUGGAAGUGCUCCUACUUGAGGAUGCACCAAAAGGAGAGAAAGCUUAA